ACUUGCUCAUGAAUUAUUAACUGUGCCAAAUGAACAAAGCAAUCCUUCUGAUGUGGAAAACUCUGGAGAGUCAAAUAAUUUUAUUAAUCUUAGUAAUAGUAUUACUCUUGCUGAAAACAAUAAUAAAAAGUUGAAACAUAAG